AUGGGUUGGUUCUCUGAGGACUCGAACCAGGCCGACUCGUACAACCAGUACCAGGAUGGUGGCGUCAGCCGUGAGCACGAGGCCUCCUUCGCGCACGAGCUGAUCGCUGGUGCUGCCUCCUACGAGGCCGCUAAGGCCUACGAGGAGCACUGUGACCGCAACGGCCAGCCCCAGAGCCACGAGAAGGCCAAGGAGAUCAUGGCUGGUCUUGCUGGCGCCUUCAUCGAUCGUGAAGUCGAGACCCGGGGUCUGGACUUCAUCGACAGGGAGAAGGCCAAGUACCAAGCCCGCCAGCACAUCGACAACGUCUCCGCCGAGCAGGCUGGCUGGUAA